CUAUCAAAAAGCUUUCGUAAAUGCCUUCCUUCAAUUGUAAUUGGUCAGCCAGAACUUCUGCUUUUCCCUGGAUCAAAAUAUUUAGGUGAUAAGUUGUGUAUUCGUCAACCUUUUUGUGUUGUCUUGGAAAGAAUUGUUCUUAAUGACCGAAAGAAGGCGUUCCAGAUGUGAUUUAAUCCAUUCAGCAUCUCUGCGUUGUAAUGCAGCAAGGCCUGAUUCCAUAAUACAUAUUCCCCUCAUCUUUUUGCCUUUUCUCACACCUUACUCCACCACUUUAGCUUAUAAAUACGCUCCCUUUUACAACAAUUCCCACUUCUCCUUCUGCCGUGCUAGAUCAGGAAGGAAUACAACUUUCACACAAGUAAUAUAUAUAGUGAGAGAGGACUAGAGCGAUUAGAAGAGAUGGAGGAGCAAGUUGAAUUAGUAGGGAAGGCAUUUGUUGAUCAUUACUACCAUCUAUUCGACAACGAUAGGCCCUCACUAUCUUCCCUGUACCAACCUAGUUCCAUACUGAGCUUUGAAGGUCAGAGAUUAGAGGGGAAUGAGGAGAUAUGUAACAAGCUUAAUCAGUUGCCAUUAGGCCAAUGCCAGCAUGCCAUUAGCACCAUCGAUACUCAACCGUCUUCUUUUCCGGGAGGUAUCAUGGUCUUUGUUAGUGGCAGCCUCCAGUUGCCAGGACAAGACUAUCCUCUACGAUUUAGUCAGAUGUUUCAUUUGAUUCCGACCGUAGAGGGGAGCUUUUACAUUCAAAAUGACAUAUUCCGCCUUAAUUAUGGAUGAACUGGUGUUAUCACUCCGCAGAAUGGCUUCAUCAAAUGUCAUAUCCUGUGGAAUUGGUGAUAUUCUAUUUUUAAAUUCUUGCAAAAAAAAACAAAAUAAAUUGCGACUCCCUCUUUCAUUGCUUUUGAUAUCAAUUAUCACCUGUCCAGUGCGGUUACGUCAAUAAUCAAUAUAAACAAAUUCAAUACUUCUGUUGCUAAA